AUGGAAUCGGUUCGGCAGUCUCAUCCUGAAUCGACACAUUCCAACUUAAGCUCUGGCAUGCUGUUCAACUCUUCAUUAUCGUCUAACAACACUCGUGGUUCGGAUCUUGACUCCCAGAUAACUCUAUCUCUUGGCCAACGUAUCGCAUCCAGAGCAACUAAUCGUCGCCUAGAUGAUGAGCAGCGACUACUUGGGGAUGGGGAUAAUCACAUAACAGACCAGGAAUCUCGCCGUCAGGGAAGUCCUAUAUCAAGGCACAACGAUUCGGAAGAUGUUUCGACAUUACCAUAUUCGCCUCGACGAACAUACGUCCCUAUCGAAAUGCAGUCUACUGCGGGACGGGAUGCCCAUGCUGCGCAAAUGGAUAUAAAUUCUCACAGAGAAUCACAGGGUCUUAGUUUACCGAUCGACUCUGGUAGUCACAGCCAUGGCAGGCGAUCAUGUACCUCAAUCCUGAGGGAGAGGAAGGUCCGCAGGCGGCUCAUUACAUUGAUUGCGUCAGGAGUCUUCCUCCUCUCGGUUGUCACUAUAUACCUUGCAUUUGCUGCUUCGCGCACAACCUUGGGCCGCGAGCUACAAAUCCUGCUCAUUUUUAUGAUACUGAUUAUCGGCAUUGUUUUCUGUCAUUCUUUAACUCGGUUCCUGAUGGCAGUAGUCCCAAAAUCUGAAUCUGACAUCGCUUCAAAUCGCAUACCGAGCAGGGCAGGACCCUCCGGUUAUGCGCAGCCGGCACAUCCCAUUCACGUUGUCCUGGCGGGGGAUGAAGAUGCAAUGACUGAAAGCCACAACGCUGCUCGAGAAAAGAUCACUGUACCCCCUCCAGCAUAUGGCCUUUGGAGAAGUAGCGUGCGAUUAAAUCCUGACUUGUUGUAUUGGCAACGCGUGGGUAACAAUUCCGCACUACCAAAGGUCGUUGAACGAGAUCCCAGCAACAAGUCUCAAAUACCUCGUCCGCCUAGUUACACCUCUGAUGAUGGGAUCGACUACGUGGUAGAAGCACAGCCACGAUCUUUCACGCAAUGGCAUGCACCAGAGCGGCCGUCUCGCCGGCCCUAA